AUGGCGUACCGGGAGUUGGAGCUGACCCUCCUGUCAGCGCAGGAGCUGAAGAGCGUGAACCUGAUCACGCGCAUGCACGUGUACGCCGUGGUGAGCAUCUCGGGCGACCCACUAACACGGCAGUGCACGGCGCCGGACACCUACGGCGGGCGGAACCCGUGCUGGCACGCGACGUUCCGGUUCGCGGUCCCCCCGACGGCGGCCGGCGCGUCGCUCCACGUGCUGCUCCGCACCGAGCGGUUCCUCGGCGACCGCGACGUGGGCGAGGUCGUCGUCCCGCUGUCCGACGUCCUCGCCGGCGCGACCGGCGUCGGCCCCCAGCCACCGCAGGUCGCGUCGUACCAGGUCCGGAAGCUCCACCGGUGGGAGCCCCGCGGCGUGCUCAACGUGUCCUACCGCCUCGGCCCCGUCGUGGCCCCGGUGGUGGAGCGGGCCACGGACAAGCCGGCCGUCAGCUUCGAGGCCGCCUAUGCGCCUGUGGGCGUGCCACGGCAGCCGUCACAUCAUCAGUCCUCUGCCGUUGCGUACCCGGCGCCAGCUCGUCCGGCCGGCCGUGUCGCCGCCGAGCACGACGAGGCGGCUCAGAAGAAGUCACCCGUCGUCAUGGCCUACCCGGUGGGCAUGCCGCAGCAGGCGUCGCAUCCCCCGGCGAAACCGGAUGCGUACCGGCCGCCGACGCCGACGCCGACUCCGGCUCCGGCUCCGAGGAACGGAGGGAGCAACGGGCUGGGCCAGGCGGGCCCAACUCAUGUCUAUAUGGGCCCCCAUACUCAGAUCAUCUUCGUCGGUGCCCCUACCACCACCGCCGGUCCAAGAACGACGUCCGCCGCUCCUCGAUCCACCAUCAGCCCAGCAGGGAAGAAUGAUGAGUUCAUGUCCGUCAUCAGCCCGAGAACAAAGGAACAGCAGCGGGCAGCGAGCAGUCCAGUUGCUGCACCCUCUCACCGCCUGGAUGCUUCCCCGUUUUCCUCCCGCAGCUCCUCCUCCUCGUCACCGCUAUCGCCUUCCUCCCCUUGCUCCUCCUACUCGGCUCAUCCUUCCACCGCCACUUCUCCCCACCCGCCGGCCGACGCCGAGGUUACUCAUGGCACCAACAAUACUUUCCGCUCUACCUCCUCUCGUGGAGCAGCCAUCCCUUCGCCAUUGCCUUGGUCCUCACCUACGGUACCUAACCACUCUCGCGGAGCAGCCGUCUCUUCACCAUUGCCUUGGUCCUCCCCUCUGACACCUAACCCACUCUAG